GAUUAAUGGAAGAAUAAUAACAAAACUAUAGUGAUUUGGUGAAUCAAGAAAACAGCUCAUUAAAUAAACCCAUAAAAUGGGAAGUAGAUGGAAUGCCUUAAACAAAGGUCGGGAAAAUGAAAAAAGAAGCUGUUUAUAUAUUUUGGUUUGAAUUCUUAGGCACAUUUAUGCUAGCUUUUUCUAUCUAUGCAAGCAAGUAUAAUUUAUUAUAAUUAAAAAAGUAAUAAUAUCUUUGUUUUCACUUGCGCAUAUGGUAUGCUAAUUCUAGUUGCUUAAAAUCAAAAAUGUACAUUCAAUCCUGCAAUUACUACUGUAUUAUCUGGGAAUGAUAAAGGUUUAUGGGUGUCAGUGGCUAUUGCAAGUUAAUUUGGAGGAGCAUUUCUAGCAAGUUUGAUAGGUUUCUUAUGCUUUAAGAAUUAGUAUUCAUUUUUAUAGACUAUUUUAUAGUGUUAAUGAAGUUCCAUAUUUGUCCUAAACUACUUUCGAAGAAUAUUUUGCUGUUAUUAUAGGAGAAAUCUUAGGAACACUUAUCCUUACUGCUGGAUUUCUCUUUUAAUAUGAUGAUCUAAUGGAUUUUACAGCUGAUAGAUUGGAACAUAGUAUAGUUAUUAGUGGAUUAUAUGGAGUUGGUAGAACUUUAAGUUAUGUUGCUAAAAGUAGUCUAAAUCCAGCUAUUGCACUUGGGUAUAUAUUUAAAAUCAAAAUUUCUAGACUUGUCUUUUUUGAAUGUUGUAAAGAUGGCCAUUGGGCUAGAUUUUGGAAUCUAUGGAUAUAUGCUGGAUUACCAUUUAUUGGAGCUUUUAUUUCAUUAGCAUUGAUUAGAAUAUUAUACAAGGAUUGUUAUGAAAAAUAAAUUAAGGCGGGUUUGAAGUAUUGAAUGAUCU